AUGGAAAAUAUCAAGAGCCUCGCCAGCAGUCUCAACGGGACCAGCCGUGACGGAGAAGCCAUCAAUGGCACACGAACCCAGCCUUCAUCUGGUGCAAACAAGGUCGGACCCUCGAGUCCCCUAGUCGAUGACCACCCUACGCCGCUUAAGGUCAUCAUCAUCGGCGCCGGAAUAGGAGGCUUGUCGGCUGCUGUUGGCCUGCGCAAAAACGGGCACCAAGUCGAUCUCUAUGAACAGUCAAGAUUCGCCAAUGAGACGGGUGCCGCAGUGCAUUUGGCACCAAAUGCGAAUGGACUGCUGAGGAAAUGGGGCAUUUUCGCAGAGGACUUUGGCGCCACGCUGACGUGUUACGUGGAGGAGCGCACCGAAAAGGGCGAAAAGGUCAAGGACAUUGACCUGAGGGGGAUGAACGCACAGUGGCAGCACCCAUGGCAUCUGAGCCACCGCGUCAACCUGCACGAGAAGCUCAAGAAAGUAGCCACGGGUGAGGACGGUGUUGGAACCCCGGCAAGGCUGCACACCUCUAGCAAGAUCAUGAGCGUGGAUCCUGAGAAGGGCGAAGUCAUCCUUGCCGACGGAACGACUGUUACUGGCGAUGUCAUUCUAGGGGCUGAUGGAAUAUACUCGAAAUCGAGGUCUGUCAUCAAGGAGGCAAAGCUGUUUGGCUCGGGCAAAGCCGCUUUCCGCUUCUUGAUUCCGAGGCAAGCCGGUCUUGACGAUCCGAUUACGAAGCCUCUGGUGGAAAGGGGGAAUAAUCUGGUGAUUUGGUAUGGCGCAGAUCGCAGAAUCGUCAUGUAUCCAUGCAACGACAACAAACUGCUCAACUUCAACUGCAUCCACCCUGAAAACGAAUCUCAUGCCACAGCCAGCGAUGAAUGGAACAAGGAAGCCGAUUUUGACCAAUUCCUAAAAGUGUUCGAGAACUUCGACCCAGCACUCCUAGCUCUGGCCAAGAAGGCGGACCGGGCAGCCAUUAAGGUCUGGCAGUUGAUGGACAUGGAAAAGCUGCCCACAUGGACAAAAGGAAAGCUUGCGUUGCUUGGGGACGCUGCCCAUCCAUUCACUCCUCACCAGGGUCAAGGGGCUGGUCAAGCCAUCGAAGAUGCUGCAACUAUCUCUAUCGUGCUACCCAGGGGCACGUCGCCCGAAGCGGUAUCAGACAGACUGAAGUUGUAUGAAAAGAUUAGAUAUGAGCGUGCGCAUCAGAUCCAGGAGUAUUCCCGCCAGGCAGGCAAGGACUGGAUAGACGGCAAGCCUCAGAUCGACAUGAUGUCAUACACGGCCUACAACUUUGGCCACGAUGAGUUUGACAAUUCCGAAAACAUCUUCAAGCGUUGGAAGUGGAGCCAGAAGCCCAACAUGUACUGGCGGAUGCCGACUGCUUUCGGGCCAUUCCCAGGACCACGGCAGGACGCCUACGGCCGCUCACUCCGGGAUGGUCUUCAGAGGACGUUCAGCACUGUCUCGGUCAAGUUCAAGACGUCGCGGACCUACCUCGAGACACUGUUCCCCAACUCGUCGUUCCGCUUCAAGAGCCCAUCGUCCGUCUGCCAGGCGUCCAUUUCCAUGACAGAACUGGACAACAUGGCGUGGCUGGGCGGCAACGGGUACCGGCACAUGGGACUGUACAUCCACGGGGUCGAGUACGUCAAGAAGGACGGCAGCACGAUCCCGGGGACCUACAUGCCGGUGCUGUUCGAGUCACUCACGGACCCGAUCGUGUCGGGCCGCGAGGAGCUCGGCAUGCCCAAGCUGUUCUGCGACAUGGACGUUCACCGGCGCGGCGGGUCGGUGCGCGUGGCGGCCAGCUGGCGCGGGGCCAAGUUCAUCGAUCUCGCCGUGACCGACCUCAGGGAAGAUGACCCGGCCUCGGAGGCGGGGACCAUCGGCGGCGAGGACGACCACGGGAUCCUGGUGUGGCGCUACAUCCCCGCGGUUGGCCAGCCCGGGGUGGCGGAUGCCGAGUACGCCGUGGUGGUGCCACACGCCGCUGAGGAGCCCAAGGCGACGGUCAAGCAGGUCCGGCGGGCGCCGCUCGCGGGACACGGCAGGAAGGCCGGGGCCAAGAUCGAGAUGGACGGGCUGGACUGGGAGGCUCUGCCUACGCUCCACCACGUGGCGGCAGCGCUUGCCAGGGUUCCCAUCUACGAGAUCGUUGGCGCGAAGGUGGUUGAGGGAACGGGAGUGCCGGAUGUGAGUGCUGCCAGGAGGAUUGAGUGA